AUGACCAAGUCCAAGUUAUACGACGUGAUAAUCGCGGGCGCCGGACCCGUCGGCCUCUUCCUCGCCCACGAACUCAGUCUCCGCCAAAUAGCAGUCCUAGUCCUAGAACGAACAACCCAACAAGACUCGCCCUGGAAAUCCGGACCUCUAGGCCUCCGAGGCCUAAACAUCCAAUCCAUCGAAGCAUUCUAUCGCCGCGGUUUACUAGGCCAAUUAUUCAAUCUGGACGAAAGGCAAAAGUACCAACCGAGCAAGAAACCAGGUUUCCAAUUCGGCGGCCACUUCGCCGGCAUCAUAAUAAAUGCCAAUCAAUUCGAUUUGCAACGCUGGAAGUACCGCCUCUCAGGUCCGGCGCUUGGUCCGGGUCCAACGACGAUGGAUCAAGUGGAGAAGGUCCUAACGGCGCGGGUGGAGAGUCUAGGCGUGAAGAUUCUCCGCGGUCGAUCUGUUAGCCGUAUCUCGCAGGAUGAGGCAGGCGUUACAGUCGAAACAGACGAUGACCAUUCCGAGUCAUUUCGGGGCAAAUGGCUCGUUGGCUGUGACGGUGGGCGCAGCGUUGUUCGAAAAGAAGCCGGCUUCGAAUUCGUCGGUACAGAUGCCCAAUUCACCGGCUACGCAACGCAUGUCGAGAUAGAAGGUCGCGAGAAGUUGAAGCCUGGUCUCAACGUUUCUGAAACGGGGAUGUAUAUCAACGUAGUGCAGAAUGGCGCUUUUCAUCUCCUUGAAUUUGACGGGGCGAACUUCGAUCGCGCGGGUGAUAUCACGAUCGAUCACCUUCAGCGGGUCCUUGAUCGGGCUAUUGGUCGGACAGAUGUGAAGAUUACAAAUGUGCAUCUUGCUUCUUGUUAUACCGAUCGUUCAAUGCAGGCGGCAAGUUACCGGAGGAACCGCGUUCUUCUUGCCGGUGAUGCAGCGCAUAUUCAUUCUCCGCUCGGCGGGCAAGGACUGAAUGUCGGACUAGGUGAUGCGAUGAAUUUGGGGUGGAAGCUUGCGGCUAUAGUUCAGCGGGACCAAGGCCAGGGAGAGGAUUCUGGGAAUACGCAUGAUCUGACUCUUCUCGAUACCUACGAGAGCGAGAGACACCCCAUUGCUGCGUCGGUUCUUGAUUGGACUCGUGCGCAGGUCACGGCGCUGAGGCCGGAUGCCUUUGGUCGGGCUACGCGCGCCCUGACGGAAGAUCUGAUCAAGACGGAUGAUGGGGCUAAUCUGUUUAUUGAUCGGAUCUGGGGACUUUCGCAGCGAUAUAAACUUGGCGAAGAGUCGAGGCCUACACAUCCGCUUCUUGGGUCUAGUGCGCCUGAUUUCGAGUUUGGGAAUGGGUCUAGGCUUGGCUCGAAGCUUGAGGAGGGACGGGGGUUACUUCUUGAUUUUGGGAACAGUAGUGAACUGGAAUCAGUUGUUGAUAGAAAAUAUUCUGGGAAGGUAGAUUAUCUUGCUCCAGAGGCAAAGGAGAACUGUGGGCUGAGUGCCUUGUUGAUUCGACCUGAUGGAAUCGUUGCAUGGGUGGUGGAAGAAGAUGCGCAGCACGAUAUUGAUGCUUUGAAAGCUGCAUUAGGGGAUUGGUUCACUUUGUAA